AGUUAAAAAAGCAUAACCUAUCGCCGUCUACAAAAGUAAUUAUUUGUGGGGAAAUAACAAAGCAGCACAGUUGAUAUCAUCUGCAAAGAAACUGAGAGUAGUUUGCCAAGAGAAUUGAAGGCCAGAGACAUUAAGGUGGUAAAAACGUUACAUAACGCGACAGUUGAGGAUUCAAAGAUGGCUGAAGAACUUCUCAGUCCGAGCACUUACCACGUCUUAGCCUUUGUUUACAUCGUGUUGGCCAUCGCUGCAAUCUUCUUCAAUUCCAUAGUCCUUUUGACGUUUAUUAUGGACCGUUCCCUUGUUUUGCCAGCCAACGUUCUCAUCAUAAGCAUAGCUACUUCUGAUUGGCUGAUGGGAGUUAUGAUAAAUCCCCUGGGAGCAGCCGCAAAUGCGUCGGAGUCUGCAUGGUUCACUGACACUACCUGCACAUUUUAUGCUUUCGUGUCAACUUUCUUAGGCCUUGGAACCAUGUUGCAUCACGCAGCAUAUGCAUUGGAUCGAUAUUUCGUACUCUCUCGGCCAAUGGAAUCGCAACACAGCAUGGGUCGCAUGGUAACAGUGGUUCUGAUACUAUGGGGUUUUUCCCUUAUGUGGAGUCUUUUCCCUUUGUUUGGCUGGUCUGCGUACGUCCCUGAGGCCGGGAGAAUUGCUUGCUCCUUACGAUGGCAAUCGGCCAAACAAGGCGACACCUUCUUCGUCAUCUGCCUUUUUGCGUUUUUCUACAUCAUUCCACUCGGCGUCAUCCUAGUCUCUUACACACUCAUGUUCGUAAACGUUCGAUACAUGACAAAAAACGCUCAAAAAAUCUGGGGAGUUAACGCAGCUGCUACCUUGGAAACCAUCAAAGCAGCGUGGAAAAUGGCCAAGAUUGGCUUGCUUAUGUUCAUUGGAUUCUUCGCUGCAUGGACUCCGUACGCAGUCGUUUCCUUCUACGCAGCCUUCCUUUCGACCGACUUUUCGCUUAUUACUGCUGCUUUCCCAGCGAUGUUCGCCAAGACAUCCAACAUCUAUAACCCAGUCAUUUAUUUUUUCGCAUACAAAAACUUUCGCGAAAGCCUGUUGAAACUAUGGCGUCGAUACAGGAACAGAAAUACCGUGAUGCCCCUCGGUCAGUCUAGUAAUGCAGCCUUUGUCAUAAGCUCCGCCACAAGGUCAAGACAACGCCAUAAUUCCACCUCGGUUGAGGAAUUCUCUCUAUAAAAACCUGAAAAGAAUACAACAUUACGUUGUAGUCUUACGACGCUCUCCAUGUAAAUGCAGUGUCAUGAUUAAACAUUUCAAUGGGUGGAAGACUUCUCCCUUCGUAAGCCAUCAAGAAUUCUGGCAGCGCACCAGACAAGACAUUCAGCACUGGCAUGCAGUAACAUACAACUACAUGUCAACAACAACGGAAAAGUAUUGUUGAAGAGUAUAUGACUGUCUCUUGUAUGAUUCUGUAAGCACAAAUUACCUGUUUCUAUUUAUCAGUGCAACCCACACUGUAAAUUGGAAUGGAGUUCCUCUCAAGUAAAGCCUCCAAACGUGGAAUGAGACUUUGUGGAUGCAUAUUGUUAACUACCCAGUUGAUUGUAGAGAUUAAAGCGUUCCGAUUGGUCAAUUAUUGUACUAUAUCCUUCUUUAAGUACUCACUGGGAAGUGAUUGUAAUACUGAAGCCCUUCCUUUGAAAAAAAAGAGAGCAAUCAAAUAAAAAAACGGCCACCAAGCGAUUUCUUGAUGUUCUUGAAUAAGAAGUAUUAUCAAGAAAUGAAAAAAAGAGUAGUAAUCAUCCUGGAAACUAUACGAAAAAGAGUAAUUCUUCUUGCAUGGUGGAGAACGUUGUCUCAGGAACUGUUCGACAACAACUACUUUGCCUCUGUUGAAAAAGCUCGUGGUCGCUCUUGGCGAGUAGACACGACGACAGUGCUGUUUGAAUAAUAUUUCGCCUCAGCCGAUACAGCAGCACUGACCAUCAGCAGCAACUCGAUUAGACUGCGGAUUACAUGCGGUGUCCUCAUUUGCACGCGUCAUGUGUGACUUUGUUUGAUUAACUGUUGAAAACAUAUCCAUAACCAUCAAUCUCAAAUAUUUCAAUGGAAUACUGCUCGAGACUUGUUGAAGUCGCAUCUCGUGAAUUAACAUGAUCAGUACACAACGAUUCGCGAACUAAUUGCUUUGCAACAGGGUUUACGUGGAAAGCUCUCGAGAAGAAGAGGGCUGCGAAAAGGGUGAUCCAAUAUCCCGUGCAGCCCCCUCCGUCUUAAAAGACGAAAAUGCAUUGAACCAGCAAACAAAAUCGUUAAUAAUUGAAAAAGUUCAGUGCUGCUUUCAUCUAGGGGAAUUGAUACACCUUUGUUAUUCUAAGUUGUUAAAUUAACCAUAUCGCUAUAAUGAAAUCUCUGCUGUCAGCACUAACCGUUAAAUAAGUGAAAAAUCUAGCAAUUUUUGUUCAACUUCAAGAUAUUGCGUGAUUUAACUUUGGAAGAAAAUCGAUGCCUUUUCUGCUUGUUUCAUUUGCACAUGUUAAAGGUACAAAUUACCUGACUGAGACAACUAUCUCGUAUUUUUUUUUUUCAAAGGACAACAACAACAAAGACGACGAGGACAACAAAAAAAAAUUAUACA